CCGUGAACUUUGAAGUUCUUCGGGACUCGCUCAAUGCCGGGCAGACAAUAUCGAAAUAUCACUUACAGUGGUACCAUCUGGCGGCUGUGUGUUCCAUUUUACAGUCAAGAGCAAGUCUAAAUGCAAUUAUUUACCGAUUGGAACGAGCUGUGUGCAUCAAAAUAAUGAAGCGGAUACGGGUAACUUCAUUUCUGGUGCCACCCACCGCCUCAUAUUCCCAAAGUCCAGCUUGAACUUCUUCAGCAAUGUCCCACAUCGAAGGCAACCUCCCUCUAGUUAUGAAGGAAGAAAACGAGCGUUUCUUUCGUCACUUUGUUGGUACCCCUCAGACGAGCUUUGGCGCUGACAUUGGGAAGAAUAUCAGAUUGACGAGCGCAAAUGUGUUCUUACCCAAUGAACUGGAAGGAAAGACUGAAUCAGAAGCGGAGAAAGCGAAGAAAAGUGCGGAAACUGUGACGAUUUGUGAGAUCGAUGUCACGAAAGAUAUGUGCAAUAUAUACGGGACCUUACAUGGAGGGUGUGCUGCAUACAUCAUCGACUUGUGCUCGUCGACGUCCAUUGUCUGCUAUGGUUUAUACACCGGCACAGACGGCACCGGUGUAUCAUCCUCAAUGAAUAUUCACUGGCACAAGCCAAUUACUCUUGGCAAGAAACUCAAAGUUGUCUCGAACACUAUCUUCGUAGACGGUCUAAUCCGGAAUGCUAGGAGUGAGCUCCGAGAUCAACAAACGAAUCAAUUGUACGUCUCCGCCGUACAUUCAACAAUCGCAGGAGGGAGCAGGACGGCAGCUUUGAGAAAGUCGAACAAGGACAAGGUUGAGAAGACGAAGCUGUAAGUUUAUACAGUGGGUACUACAAUGGGUCACUUCUCCGUCUAUUGCCUCAUGGGUACAUAUUCCGGUAGUCACAAUCUCGGAUGGAUAAAUAUUAUCGGAAGAUCAUGCAGUUUUGGCGUGGCAUACGUAUUAUCAGAUAAUAUUGCGACGAGGUACACAUGUCCGACGCUCAACAAGCCAGCCACUCAGAGUCCUUCAAGCCAGUGCGACAAGAUUUCUUUUGGCGCUAAACUAGACUGAAUUCCAUCAAGUCCAUUUCGCCAGCCUCGUACAGUUUGCUGAAUCUCAACCCACAUUGAUGACUCCAAGGGACCUUGCUUAGUAACAACAUUGCGAGCGAACGAUGGUGCGAACUUACCACAAGUUAACGUAUUCAGCC